AUGAGACCAUCGUUAUCGAGGGAUGCAAGUGAUACAGGAAGAAGGCAUUCAUUGUUACAGCAGAGUAAACUAUUAUCGAUAAGACUAAGUAAUGCAGGAAAACGACCUAGCUUAUCACGAGGACACGCACAUGAAAAAGACUCGAUUACCUCGUCUCAUCAUAGGUUGAGCACUGGACCAGUGAACAACAAUCCUAGAAGAUCGCUAAUGGUAAAGAAACCCAACACCGCGCAUGGUACCCGCGUACCAAUAUUGAAUGAUCACAACGAUAAGUUUGAAAACAUGACACUUCAGGACUUUGAAAUAGGUAAGAUCUUAGGUAAAGGUAAGUUUGGUAAAGUUUAUUGCGUUAAACAUAGGGAAACGGGGCUAAUUUGUGCUUUAAAAGCGAUGGAAAAGAAGGAAAUUGUUCAAUAUACAAUUCAGAAACAGUUCAGGAGGGAGGUAGAAAUUCAGGGUUCGUUCAAACAUAAAAAUCUGACACAGCUAUAUGGAUUCUUUUACGACGAAAAACGGGUUUAUCUACUUAUGGAAUAUGUCUAUUACGGAGAACUAUAUAAAUUUUUGAAGAAUAACGGGCCUUUGAAUGAGACGCUGGCAUCCUAUUUUGUUUAUCAAAUGGCUAAUGCCUUGGAUUAUAUGCAUAGUAAAAACAUAUUGCAUAGAGAUAUAAAACCGGAGAAUAUCUUAAUUGGUUUCAACAACACUAUCAAACUGACAGAUUUCGGUUGGAGUGUAUAUAACGAGGAUGGACAAAAGAGGAAGACUUUAUGCGGAACUAUAGAUUACCUUUCACCAGAGCUCAUUAAAUCUAGAGAAUAUAACAAUAAAGUAGAUGUUUGGGCCCUAGGAGUUCUAACUUAUGAGCUAUUAGUUGGAUCGCCACCUUUUGAGGAGGAUACAAAGGAAAUGACAUAUAGAAGAAUUUUGAGGUGCGAUCUCAAGUUCCCACUAAAUGUUUCACCGCAGGCAAGAGAUCUCAUUGUAAGAUUGCUGCAAUUUGAACCUUCCAAGAGAAUCCCCCUCUCGGAAGUUAAAUCUCAUGCAUGGAUUGCAAAUAAUCGAGGUUCUUGGACAGAUCUUUAG